AUGAGCGAACAAAAGCUAAACGCCGGCCCCGAAGUAGAGGAGGUCAAAAGACUCCAAGAAAAGGUUUUAGGAUUUGAACAGCUACUCCAGGCCUUUCAGAAGAGCCAGUUAGAACAAACCCAAGCACUUGCAGCUUUCGCAUCGCAUGUUGGUGAUAAAAAAAUCAAUACCUCUGCUGCGAAUAUUGACACCAAUAUCAGCACUAAUGUCAAAGCCAAUACCAGCACUGAUACCGGUCCCAACAAAGAUACCGGCUCGCCUGCCAGUACAAUGUUCAAUACGAAUAUCGGCCCUAAUACAGGGGCCAUUAUGGGCCGGAAAAGCUCAGCAAGCUCACAGUAUCUCCAAGUUCAGAGGAAAGCACUUAAAUCUGCACAGCAACCGCAAAAUUCUCAGACUCUUGCUCGCGGCAAAACGGUCAGUAAAGCAGCGCCUUACUUAGGAAAUGUUAGCAGUACUCUACAAACCUUUGACCAAGAUAUCAGUAUAUGGGCAGAAUUAAGCGGGAUUGAUGAAGAUGCCUUGAAAUCAAAUAUGAAAAUGCUCGAGGAGAGAUUCACCAAUACACCGAUUCCCGAUCCUAAAGCUGCCAGUGACGAACUAAGACGGGCAGGAUUCAAUUUCUCUUGGGUUCCAAAGGAAGGGUAUGAAGAGGAGGAGAAACCGGAUGACUUACGGCUCCCCGAAUUCCUGAGUCUUGUUGGCGGCGGCCAUCAACCGGUCGGUGUACACUUACGGGAUUUUACGGAUAGGUCCUGUGAGAAAGUGUUGUACUAUGAAGCCACGGAAUUUGAAGGUUUAUGGCAGGCUCUUGCCAGACCAAGAAAACUGGGGAUGAAGAUCAAAAAUACCAGGAUACGUCAUGGCUGGGAUAAAAUUUCUGCUUAUGAGGCAAUAAAUGAAGAUGGAGAGAAUAAUCUCACAUAUGGACGUGAAAUAGUAGUCCGACAGCUCACUCCGAACGUCGCAAUUGCUCUAUUAAUUUCCUGCGCCUAUAGUGGUUUGAGGUUGGAGUAUGUAGAGCCUCUGGAUUCUCUUCUAACUGCAAUGACAAUUGCCCUUUCUCCAGAGCCACAUUCGCUUCAAGACUUUGUGGGAUAUAUGAACCAUGAUACCUUCGCAUUCAACGCCGUAUUUUUCGAACUUUUCGACGAAGCAAACCCUAAUCAACGCAAAGCCACGGUUUUCGCUCCUAACUCGUACGGAGACAACGCUUUCCCUUGCGAGUAUUCUGAUGACAAGGCCUUCGAAAAGCCUCGUAAUGUGAAGGAUGUGGAGAAAUACACAGCACCGGAGGAAGUGUUUCUGGAUAAGUUGGCGAGAGUGAUUGAUUGGGCUGUUGAUGAUGGGAUGUGGAAGGUCUUGGACCAACUUGAGAGGGAACUAGGAGAUCGGGCCGACGCACUAUUUUUUACAGAGGAGAACGAGAAACUUCUCUUUGACGAUCACCAAUUUUCGAGGACAAAGAGGUACCACUGGGCUCUACAAUGGCUUAAGAAGAUGUCCGACGGUAUCAAUGAAUUUGUUACGGCCAUUGAAGAGUUCGAGAAGAUAUCUCUCCCCAAUCUACGCAGAAACGCGCAAGCACAUAGAAUACGGUCCAGAGUGAGAAUGGCGAAAGCUGAACUCAGUUCUGAAAAGGUGUUCGAAAGGAAGGUUGAGAGGGCAAGGAAGCUUAGGGCAAAGAUCGAGGCAAAAUAUUCCGAGAUCAAAGACAUGAGAGACGCAUUGGUCAGCGCUUCUGGUGUGCUAGAAUCACGGGCAGCGGUUUCUCAGGCUGAAAGCAUGCACACGCUCACAGUAUUGAUGAUUAUAUUUCUUCCGCUUACUGUCGUGAUCGCAUUAUAUAGCAUGCCGUUUAUGCCCGAAACAUAUCAGACUCUCAGCGCCUUUGGAGUAACGAUGGGGCUAGUCAUCAUGACUACUUUGAUCCUGGGACUCAACCUCGGAAGUAUCAUCUUGAUAUUUGCGAAUAAAUCGCAGAGAUUCGGCACGUACCUACAGUCGUCAAUGCUCGUGGUCGGAGACUCCUGGGCAGAAAAAGGAAAGCUUUUACAAGAUACGGAUGAGGCGGAGAAUCUUGUAAGGAGAGGAAAACGUGUUCCCGCUGAGCUUUGGUACACAUGGUAUUGCAUGGUGUGGAUUUUAUUCCUCCUCCCCGCGACCGAACUCUAUAAGAUUGGUGGCUUGAGGUGCCUCGUGAACACUGGAUAUGUCAAAAUGACAGCCAACUCUCAGUCUAAUCCCCAAAACCGUUCCGAGCCGCUUUGGGCUAUCGCAAUAAUCCCAUUAAGGAUUGCAUUGCUACCACUACACUUUCUAACUAUCAUUGCCGAUUAUUUCCUGUUGCUGAUUUUUUCCAAAACACUUGUUGGGUGGGAUUGCUCAUCUAGAGGUUUCAUGCCCACCCCCGCAAAACCGAUGAGUCCGAGACAGGGCACGAUUAAAGGGGAUAUCGAUUUAGACGAAAAUAUCAGACCGCAAUGGAAGCAACGGUUGUGGGAUCCCAUCGCCAUUUUGAAAGAAAUACCAACCCGUGGCAUUGGUAAAUAUCGACAACCUGAGAAUCAAAUACAAAACAAGUCGAUACCCGUGGAUUAUUCGGGGAAUGGAGAAUAUGCGCAUAGCUCAAUGGACCUACUCCUCAAAGAUAUUGUGAAGCAUGAGAAGGAUAUUGGUCUAAGAACAAGCGUUUUUAGUGGAUCAGGAACCACCUUUGGCGGUAUAAAAAGAUCAGGGCCUGUUGAAAUAGUGUUUUCGAGUGGAGAUGUGUCUGACAACAUGAGUAUUCGAUCGGGUCUUAUCAGUCCGGCGCUGUCAGAGCGACCACCACAAUCAACAUCAGAUCCAGAGCAAGGUUCAUACACUCUUCCACCUGUAUCACCAGAAUCAGCCACAUCACCAACUUUACCAAUGAUGUCCGCCUUAACAUCGAAUAACUCAUGGGAAUUGCCGCACUUGGGAAAUCUUGGUCGCACAAUGAGUAGGAACCGAGGGCAAGAGGUUGAUCCUGAGAGAGGGGAGAGACAAACUCUUAUUAUCCCCGAGUGA